AUGAGCGUCCAACUCCCUCCGGCAACGCACCGCAAGCGCGCGCUGCCCCAGGGCGAGCUCGAAGCCGCGUCGACACUCAAGCUCGGCGCCGAUCAGCACACGCAUACGCUCUCCCUGUCCGAAGCACGCCUGGUCAUCCACAAGGUGUUGGAGAACAAGCGCCGCGGGGGAAACAAGUACGAGGAGCCAGAGAACCUGACGAAAACAUUGGACUACCUGGAUACGUUUGCGCGGUUCAAGGACGAAGAGAACAUUAAGGCGGUGGAGCGGUUACUAAACUCGCACACGGAGAUGGAAAUGUUUGAACGGUCGCAACUGGGGAGUCUGUGCUGCGACAACGCCGAGGAGGCCAAGUCGCUCAUUCCGAGUCUGCAGAACAAAAUCUCCGAUGCCGAGCUGCAAGAGUUGCUGGACGAGAUGACCAAGCUCCGCAAUUUCACGGAGUAG